ACUCCAUUUCUGAGCUAUGAAGAGUCGAUUCCGCGCCGUGAACUUCAUUCAGCUCCAGUUCACACACCCUCUGUCUCCCUGUCUAUCUGUCUGUCUCCCUGUCUAUCUGUCUGUCUGUCUCUGUCUCUCUCUCUGUGUCUGUCUGUCUGUCUGUAGUGUAGUGUAGUGUAGUGCUGUAUUGUUGUGGUGUUGUAGUGCUGUGGUGCUGUAUUAUUGUGGUGUUGUAGUGCUGUGGUGCUGUAUUGCUGUAUUGUUGUGAUGUUGUAUUGUUGUAUUGAUGUGAUGCUGUAUAGUUGUGGCGAUGUAGUGCUGUGGUGAUGUAUUGCUGUAUUACUGUGGUGCUGUGGUUCUGGUCCAAACCAACAGAUGGCAGUAAGCAGCACUGAAAGACUCUGAACAACUGGAAAAAACAAGUGAAGGACACUUGAGACAGGGAAGUACUGACUGUGUUUAUUGUAUUUUGUGAAAAUGUCGACAUAGUGAAUUUGAGUUAGACUUUAAGCAGCGUUAUAGCUAAAAUAAAUAAAUAGUAGUAUAGCAGCAUUUGUUGUUUUGCCAGGAUUUGUCGCGAUAACAAGCCUACGAGUACACUGCUGAAAUGUGAAUUAUGCUAGUUAUCUGAGUUCCAGGUUUCAUUGUUGUACAUCAUGGUAGAAAAUUCUCCCUCACCUGUACCUGAGAGAGCCAUUUAUGGAUUUGUCCUCUUCAUGGGCUCCCAGUUUGCUUUCUUGCUGUAUUUAGUUUGGGCAUGUGUUCCUGAGACCUGGCUCCAUGCUGUUGGCUUAACCUACUGGCCUCAGAAGUAUUGGGCUCUUGCGUUACCGAUUUAUCUGCUGGUUACUUUGACCAUGUGUUUUGUGGUGCUGUUCGGAGUCAACAUGAUGAACACUGCUCCGCUGGGUUCUGUGGACAACGUCACAGAUCGUUUUGCUAAGGCUCAGCUUCAGGAUGCAGACCAGAAAGGGGCCAUACCUCGACUGCGAGAUCUGUCCAUUAGUGAAGUCAACCAUCGUUUCUACCUCACACGGAAUGACCUCUGAGACCCCAGACCCUGGCAGUGAGACGCAGUUUCCUUGCAUGAUGCCUCGUGUUCUCCAAAUUUCUGAUCUGCAUUGAUCCAUAUAGAUGACCAGCAUCCCAAAUUGCUUUUCAUCGGUCCUGGCUUUGGGAGUUUGCCGAGGUUUUAGACGCACCUUUUCCAUCACUCACUCAUGACAGGACAGACAUUUGACUUUAAGGUGAACCCUCAGUGUAAGGUAUGGUAAACACAUGACCCUCAGAGGUGGAACCUAAUCAUGGCACUGAGCAGUGGGGAAAAGUGCUGAACAACUCCAGAGGUUGAAGGACUUCACAGUCUGAUGGAGAGGAAGUAAAAGUAGGAGUGUAAUGGCAGUGUGAGAACCUUUUUGUGUCAUCAAAAAAAUAAAUGUGUAGCUAAACUUGUCUGUUUUCUUAUUGGUUACGUUUGCUUAUUGAUAGAGCUGUUCUCAGAACUUUCAGAGAUUUCAGAAUGCUGUCUGGAUCUUGUACUUUGUGAACUAAUAUUAUUUUAUUUACAGUCAUAAUUAUUUAAAAUGAUUAAUAAAAAAAAGUCAAUUCUGUACAAAAGCCUUUGAGGUUUAAUUUAUCUCUUCUCCAUCGUUUAAAAAAAAAUAAAAGUAGAAAAAUGUAAAUGCUACAGAGAAAGUUUUGUAUACAGUUAGAUUUAUUAACACUACAGUUCUCAGGGGUCUGUGAUGUAUAUGCUGGGGGUCCCUGACUGUGUUGCUUUAUUAAAAUCACAACUGCUA